CGUGCUUGGUGUGGCUGAAAUUGAAUUUGAUUUUAAUCAUUAAAUUUAAUUAUUUCAAGUAAAACUUUGAUCGAAAACAUGAAUAAUCAUGGUAAAAAGGUUGAUAAACCUUGCGAGGUCCUAGAGGACGAAGAGGAUGUUUUGGAAAGCUCCGAAAGAGGCAGCAAGAAGCUCAGGAAUCUAGAAUGUGAAUCCGACAUGUCGUCCACUGAUGACGAGAUGGAGAAUGGCCUGCUGCAACUACUGCGCAAAAGAUCGAAGAGCCCGGAGGACAUUUGCAACGAAUUCGUCCAGCUGUCUGUAUCCAAGCCCGAGGCAGCGCUUGUCAAGUUCAUGGAGUUCGUCUUGGAGGCUAGCGAGAGAGACUUUAUAAUACCCGAGGUGAAAAGAAAGCCAUUCAAGACUGGCAUCUUCGUUAACACGGGCAAUGCUAAGAUGGAGCAUAUGCAGCGCUUUCCGCUGGUGGUGCGCUCUUCGCGCUGCUGUGGCAUGGACGCUUCGAGCUUCUUGGAUCAGCUGAUGCACACUCUCAUCAGCACGUCUGUGAUUCUGCAGAGUUCGUUCCUGCGGGACAUGAGUAGCUUUCUGACUGUCGCCUCCGGUUCGGACGUGCUGCCCUUGCGGCGCACGAGCACCCUCGUCGCAUUGAAGAUGAUGACCGCGCUGAACGACAUGAUAGUGCUGCAGGACGAUCGUCUGCACGCACUCUGGCUGAAUCUGUUCGGGGGGGUGUUCCUCAAGCGCAUACGCGAUGUCGCAGAUGACAUCCGAUCGUUGUGCGUGGCCGAGUGCGGCGUGUGGCUGAACAAGUUUCCGCAGAGCUACAUCAGUCGCACGCGCUUACUGCAUCUGUUCGAGGCGUUUGAGGAUUGCUCCACGAAGGUGUGGGAGGCCAGCCUGUACUCGAUUGUUAGGCUGGAGAAGAAGCCGAAGCUGCGUGCGGGCUGCCUUCAGCUGGGCUACAAGUUCCGGAUGAGCCUGCUGAGCCUCAGUCUGGGCUCCGACGCUACCCUGUCCGAAAUGGCGAUUCAGCUGCUCGUGACCUUUCAACGGGUCAUGCCGGAGGUGAUCGACGAUGAAAUGGUCGAGAUAAUCGAGCAGAUGGCCUUUGCCAUAGACCGAAGCGUGGCUCAGGCGGCGGCCCAGCUGCUGCACGUUCGAUUCAAUGAGAGGCCCACCGCAACCUCUCGCAUGCUUGCGCUGGCUAGGCUCUUCAUCAAGUUCUUCGGGCACGAGCGUAUCCCCUACCUGAUCGACGCCUUCUACGGCGUCAGCGACAGUUUGCUCGACUGGUCCACGAUGGUGGAGAUGCUGCUGAGCCCAGAGAACCUGACGUACCAGGAGGUCACCGUCAUCAUUGAGAUCAUGGCCCGUAGUGUCAGACAAGCAGUGACCGGGGAGUUGCCGCCUGGUCGAGAGACCGCCACCUUGAAGAAUCUGCCCCUGGUCGAAGCGGACGAGCAGGUAGCUACCAUCAUAUUGCCGGUCCUGACAACUCUGCUGCGCCAGUACCGCAUGGAGCCCUUGCAAAUGAAGUUCCUGUUGGACCUGCCGCUGCACAUGAACUGCUCGAACGCGCAGGCCGAGGAGUUGCUCAAUCAGAUCAAGUUGCUUAUUUUGAAGCACACCGACUUAGAGGUGAUGCAGCACUGUGCCGAGACGCUGCUCCAUCUGUUCCCGAAGUACGAGGAGGUCUCCGUCAACAUCCGCAAGGAGCUGAUGGAGCGAGCUGCGAUCAGCUACUUGGAAGCGGACAGCGCCUGGCGGCUCUCAGUCAAGAAAAUGCAAAAGUCGCGCCUCAACGUGUGCAGCAAGCGUCUGCUCAUCGCGCUGCGUGUCGUCUCGGCGGUCUACGAGUGCUUCAAUCUGUGCGAAUUCCAGGUGAAGAACUCCGUGCAGGUGAGUCUGAAGCGGGCCGUCAAAGGUAAUGACGUGCCGGAGGCGACGUUCAGCGAUGAGGCGGUGGGUCUUUGCCUAGAAAUAUGCUACGUAGCCGUCUGCUGGGAUCUGAAGCGUAUCCAGGAGGCGGCCAGUGCCGACAACCAGGUGGAUGACGAAUGCCUGGCCCUGGCCGAGCAGCUGGACAUCUUUUUCCUGGCCGCUUUGCACAUCAUCGAGCAUUCCAGCGAGGAGAAAAUCCGCUGUCAGGCCUUCGUCUCCAUGUGUGAUCUGCUGGUGCUGUUCUCGGACAAUCUGCCCCACAGCGGCAACCCUGCCCUGUGCUCGCUGCAGUACAAGCCGUCCGUCCAUGAGCUGAGGACCCUGGAAGACUUUGCGAUCCGCUACGCCUUCAGUGAGGCCGCGGAAGCCGAGCUGACCAGUGCGAAAGAAAGCGAUCUGACCGUGCUGCUGCACAGCAAACGCCGUGUCCUGGCCGGCUUCUGCAAGUUGUGCUUCAACAGCGUUGUGCCCAUGCUGCGUACCGCCAGUGUACUCCAGUACUAUGAGGAGUUCCAUCCGUUCUACGCGGAUCUUCUGCUUUCCACCAUGGAGCGUUGCAUGUUCAUCAACUUAACUGAGUUCGGCAUGACGCUGAUGCAGAGCCUCCUGCUGAUGUAUAAGCGCAUCCUGGCUGAUUAUGACAGCACCGUCAAGGCAGGCAACUCCCUUCAGUUUGGCAAGCUGCUCAGCAUGACCAGAAAGUUCGGUCAUCUGCUCAGCAGCGAUGUCGUCAAGACCCGCCCGGCUGUGCUCAUUUUGCACCGUGCCGGCAUACGCUACGCCACGGACGGUGCCGUCGACGACUCGAAAGCGCCCGAGAAUCUGCUCUACCUGAAGGUCCUACGCCAGCUCGUGCCCCUAUUGCUGGACGAAGACAUUAGGGAGCUGGCCAGAGAUCUGGACAGCACCAUCAAAGGCGAACAGCCGAGCACCUGCCCCGAGUGGGAGCCACUGCACUUCUAUCGCAAAUCCCUGGUAGAUGAGCACGCUCGGAACCGCUACUAACGCCGCCAACUAUCGUCGCCUUAACACAACAAAUUGCAUGAAGCAAAUUCACAUCAUUUAAUCAAACAAACUUUAUAUCC